UGGAAUUCUGGUUCCUGGUGGAUUUGGUGUUCGAGGGACAGAAGGCAAAAUUCAAGCUAUUUCCUGGGCCAGAAAACAGAAAAAACCCUUCUUAGGGGUGUGCCUGGGCAUGCAGCUGGCUGUCGUGGCGGAUGCUAAUUCAACAGAAUUUGACCCCAAAACGGCUCAUCCAGUGGUCAUAGACAUGCCUGAACAUAAUCCUGGGCAAAUGGGUGGGACCAUGAGGCUUGGCAAGAGAAGGACACUCUUCCAAACCAAGAACUCCAUCAUGAGGAAGCUCUACGGUGAUCGCGAUUUCUUGGAAGAGAGACAUAGACACAGAUUUGAGGUCAAUCCAGAAUUGAAGAAGUGUUUUGAAGAGCAAGGUUUGAAGUUUGUAGGCCAGGAUGAGGAGGGAGAGCGAAUGGAAGUGGUUGAGUUGGAAGAGCAUCCUUUCUUCGUUGGUGUCCAGUAUCACCCAGAGUUCCUCUCCAGGCCCAUUAAGCCAUCUCCUCCAUACUUUGGCCUCCUCUUGGCAUCUGCAGGAAGACUCACACAUUACCUACAGAAGGGCUGCCGGCUCUCCCCCAGGGACACCUACAGCGACAGGAGUGGCAGCAGCUCACCUGACUUGGAGAUGACAGAGCUGAAGUUCCCAGCAGUAAAUCACGACUGA